CGCUCGUCCUCAGUCGCUCCGUCACCGUGUUUGUUGACGUUCUACCUGUGCGCCGAUUAUACAGUGUUUUGUUGUUAUUUUUCCCCUCUGUGUAGGUAAUAAUUGUUGUUUAUUUUUACACAGUUUUGUGGCAUCCAUGGCACCGUGAUAAUUGUUUUUGCAACGUGUGUUCGGUAUAGCUAAUGUACGAUCCACACUACAACCACAAGUGAUAUGAAGUAGUUUUCAUCAAAACAAAGGAAACGCCAAAAUGCGCAUCAAUGGCGCCGAAUCGUUGUCAUCGUCUUCAAAGUCGGAAGCCGAUGACAUGAUUGAAACGGAAAACGAAUCCCUCAGAGAACGGGUGUGCGAUUUGGAAAAGAAAGUACUGGAACAAGGAGAUGAGAUCGUGUGCCUCCGGUCGACAUUGGCCGACGUUCUCAGGCGGUUGAACCAGCUGGAAGGAAGCCGUACACUUAGCUUGAACACAUCAGCCCUGAAAAAUGGAAACACGCCCAGGGCGGGAAAUCACUACGGCGCCAACGGUCACCACUUGAUUUCACCUACGUUGUCACAAAAAGAAGUGACCCUCCGGUACAGAUCUGCCAACGAACACCCGGGAUCUGCCCUUAGAGAUCCGGUCCGAAGGGUGCCGAGUCACAACAACAACACACACUCUUCUUUACCUCAAAGAAAAGCCGUGCAUUAUCAGUCGACCGGUUCCUUGCAUUCGGAUUCGCCCAGUUCCAGUAGCGUGUCGCCAGUGCCUCCGGCGUCGCCUUCGCCCUCGCCCACCAGGCCAGGAACGGCACAAAAACCUCAGAGAACCAGUGCUUCCAAUUUACACAACUCUAAAAGGUGGAGCUCCACCGGUGAUUUUAAUCAGGCACAAAAUUUCAGUGUCGCACCCCAUUCGUCGACUUUAGCUUCCAGACUUGGUACAAAGUCGUUGCUUAAUUUGAAUUUGCGGUCGCAGCCUCAGCAAAACCAUCACAAUCAUCACCAAAAACACGGCACACGGGAUGCGACCUACAACGAAGAGGAAGGCAGCGUCCGGAUGUUCCUCAGGGGAAGACCGGUCAACCUGUACGCGCCCACCAACGAAAUAGCCACUUACGACAUCACCAAAGUGGCCACGGCUCCUUCGUCUAGGCUCAAGCUGGAUUGGGUUUAUGGGUACAGAGGAAAAGACUGCCGCUCCAACUUGUACUUGUUGCCGACCGGUGAAAUGGUUUACUUUGUGGCCGCUGUCGCUGUGCUGUACAACGUCGAGGAGCAAAGCCAAAGACACUACUUGGGCCACACCGACGACAUUAAGUGUUUGGCCAUUCACCCUAACAAGUUGCUGGUGGCCACCGGGCAGACGGCAGGACACGAUCACCGCGAAGGCAAACCUCACAUCAGAGUAUGGAAUUCGGUCAGCUUAGCCACGGUCGUUGUUUUGGGACUAGGAGACUUUGAACGCUCUAUAAGCUGUUUGUCGUUUUCCAAAGCGGACGGCGGAAGUAUGUUAUGCGCUAUUGAUGAAGGAAACGAUCACAACAUUUCCGUGUGGGAUUGGCAGAAAACUGAUAAAGGACACAAAAUCACCGAGACAAAGUGCUCUACGGACACUGUGGUUGCUGCUGAAUUCCAUCCACUCGACCGCAACCAAAUUGUCACGUGCGGUAAGGGUCAUAUCAGCUUUUGGACCUUGGACGCUGGCGGUACCUUGUACAAACGCAACGGAGUAUUCGAAACGACUCGCGACCGACCGAAAUACGUGACCUGUCUGGCGUUUACUCAAAACGGUGAUGUUUUGUCCGGAGAUUCAAAUGGAUCGGUUAUUGUUUGGGGACGUGGUACACACAACUUAACUAAAAUCGUACGUAACGCACACGAAGGGUCAGUAUUCACGAUUUGUGCCCUAAAAGAAGGCAGUAUCAUAACUGGCGGAGGCAAAGAUGGCAAAUUGAUUCAAUUUGACACGGCUAUGCAUCCAACUGGAUAUAACGUACAAAUUGCUGAACAUUUAGGCGGUAUUCGUACUGUAUCCGAAGGCAGAGGAUCGCAAUUGCUCGUUGGAUCUACGAGAAACUGUAUUCUUAUUGGGUCAUUGAAAAUGGGCUUUAGCCCGGCAGUUCUUGGACACACCGACGAGCUUUGGGCUUUAUGUCCUCAUCCCACAGUCGCACAAUUCCUUACGGCAGGAUUCGAUCGUAUAGUUCAAUUGUGGGACUCGCUUUCUCAUUCGGUUGUUUGGAGCAAAGACAUUGAUGAACAAGCUCAGUCGGCCGCUUUUUCAACUGACGGCCAGAUCAUCAUAGUUGGUUGCGUGUCGGGCAAAUGGCUGGUAAUGGAUUCAGAGACUCGAGAAAUUUAUUCGACUCACGUCGACGGAAAUGAACCAAUACAAGUGGUUAAGUUUUCACCGGACGGAUCGUUGCUGGCUCUAGGAUCCCGAGACAACUUUAUUUAUUUGUAUCAAGUCACCGAUGGCGCUCAUCAUUACACCCGUUUAGGCCGUUGCACUUGUUGGGAAUACAAUCGUCGCCGGAGGUGUAGCACAGGCGCUAUUAUUGACAGUUCGUCGGGACACUCGAGCUUUAUAACUCAUUUGGAUUGGUCUGCUGACAACGAAUACCUUCGCAGCAAUUCCGGAGACUACGAAUUACUAUAUUGGAAAACCAAAGUCUGCCGCCAAGUGCCUCAGAGUACACAACUCAGGGACGUUGCUUGGGCAUCAAACUCGUGCGUUCUGUCGUUUACAACCAUCGGCAUUUGGCCGGAAGGCGCUGACGGUACCGAUGUUAACGCUUGCGAGCGGUCCAACGGAUCUAAAAUAAUGGCCACCGGCGACGACUUUGGAAAAGUGAAACUCUACGGAUAUCCCGUCAAGCAACCAAAGUCACUUUGCCAUACGUAUGGAGGUCACAGCAGUCACGUGACCAACGUCGGCUUCUUGCACGACGAUUCCCGACUGAUAUCGAUUGGAGGCAAAGACACGAGCGUACUUCAAUGGCAAAUCAUUUGAAAAAAAUCGAACCGAUAUAUUAUUAUGUUUUUCAAUCUUCAACUUUUUAUUAUUAUAUUUCAUUAUUAUUGAUGAGUCUUCACCGUUAAAUUUGUACCCAUACGGUUGUUUUAUUAUUACUAGCUUUUUAAUGGACCCACUUUAUAUUCAGCCUAUAAGUACACAAUAUUUUACUUGAGUUACGUCCAAGAUACAUACUUAUACGUAUUAUAUUUUAUUAUCAUUGAAUACAUACAUACGUUUUGUUUAUAGUUUUAUGUAUACGUACACUAAUUCUUAGUAAAACGCAUUGUUAGCACUUGUUUUUUGUCGA